UCUCGCUGGCGAGUUACUUCCUCGCGCGGCUGCCGUGGUCGCGGGAGGAGGCUGGCUGGGCCCGGGUCUCGCGCCAUGGUGCGGGGCAGGAUCACCGGGCUGGCGGUGAGCGACGUUCGCUUCCCCACCUCCCUGGGGCACCAUGGCUCCGAUGCUAUGCACCCGGACCCUGACUAUUCUGCUGCCUAUGUUGUAAUAGAAACCGAUGCCCGUGAUGGACUCAAAGGUUAUGGAUUAACAUUUACUUUGGGUAAAGGCACAGAAGUUGUUGUUUGUGCAGUUAAUGCUCUCUCCAUUCACGUGGUUAAUAAAGACCUUGAAGAAAUUGUCAGCGAUUUUAGAGGAUUCUACAGGCAGCUCACCAGUGACGGACAGCUCCGAUGGAUUGGUCCUGAGAAAGGUGCUGUGCAUUUGGCUACAGCUGCUGUUCUGAAUGCCGUGUGGGAUUUGUGGGCUAAGCAGGAGGGAAAGCCUCUGUGGAAGUUACUAGUUGACAUGGACCCAAAGCAGUUGUUAUCCUGCAUAGAUUUCAGAUAUAUUACUGAUGCACUAACAGAAGAAGAAGCUUGUGAAAUACUCCAAAAUGGCCUACUUGGGAAGAAGGAAAGAGAAGAGCAAAUGUUAAAGCAUGGAUACCCUGCUUACACCACGUCUUGUGCCUGGCUGGGCUACCCGGACCAGCAGUUAAAACAGCUAUGCACGGAGGCAUUGAAGGAUGGCUGGACAAGGUUCAAAGUAAAGGUUGGUGCCGAUCUGCCGGAUGACAUUCGUAGAUGCAGACUUAUAAGAGAAAUGAUUGGCCCUGACAAGACAUUGAUGCUGGAUGCUAACCAACGAUGGGAAGUGAAGGAAUCAAUAGAGUGGGUCACUAAAUUAGCUGAAUUUAAACCAUUAUGGAUUGAGGAGCCAACUUCUCCUGAUGAUAUUCUUGGACAUGCAGCCAUUUCUAAGGCCUUGGCACCAUUAGGAAUUGGUGUGGCAACAGGAGAACAAUGUCACAAUAGAGUGAUAUUUAAGCAGCUCCUACAGGCUAAGGCCCUGAGCUAUCUCCAGAUUGACAGCUGCAGGCUGGGAAGCGUGAAUGAAAACUUGUCUGUGUUGCUGAUGGCCAAAAAGUUUCAAAUUCCUGUUUGCCCUCACGCUGGGGGUGUUGGGCUCUGUGAGUUGGUACAGCACUUGAUAAUAUUUGACUAUAUUUCAGUAUCUGGAAGCCUUGAAAACAGGAUGUGUGAGUAUGUAGAUCAUUUGCAUGAACACUUCAAAUAUCCUGCCAUAAUCAAGAAAGCUUCCUAUGUACCACCUCAGGAUGCUGGAUAUUCCACUGAAAUGAAAGAAGAGUCUGCAAGGAAAUACCAGUUUCCACAGGGAGAAGUUUGGCAGAAGAUCCUUUCUAAGCCAUAAAAAACAACUGCAUUAAGCCUAACCCUGACAAUUUUCAGGCUGCAGAUUAAAUUUCCCAAGCUGUUCACACACUAUUGUUAGGUGAUGAUACAAGAUUUCAGCUGCCAGUAGAUGCUUUUGUAUAACCAGGCAAAAACCUCCAGGAAUUAACAUAACACAUAGUCCAGGAUGUUUAGUUUAAAGAAAUGACGGGGGCCUCUAUUCCAGCAAAGUUGUACUUUAGUGUAACUAGUGGAUGGGCUAUGAACUGAAUUUCUAGAACUAGUCUACAAAUCAGUAACUUUGCAAUAUCUGAUUUCAUAGAUUCCAAGGGCAGAAGGGAUCACUGUGAUCAUCUAAUCUGACCUCCUGCAUAAUACAAGCCUUAGAAUUUCCCCAAAGUAAUUCCUUUUGAACUGGAGCAUCCAAUAUGACCCUUGGUAAAUUGUUCCAAGGGAUUUUCUCACACCAUACUAAAGUAUUUGAAUUUAGAGAUUUAAAAUAAAAUUCCUUGCUGUCUA